AGGCACAGAUAGCCUUUCUUCAAGGUGAAAGGAAAGGGCAAGAAAACCUGAAGAAAGACCUAGUUAGAAGAAUAAAAAUGUUGGAAUAUGCAUUAAAGCAAGAAAGGGCAAAAUAUCACAAGCUGAAGUAUGGAACAGAAUUAAAUCAGGGAGAUAUGAAGCCUCCAAAUUAUGAUUCUGAUGAAACAAAUGAGGCAGAUAUUCAACCACCACCACAGAACAGCCAGUUUAUAUGGAAACAGAGUCGACAGUUACUAAGGCAGUAUUUGCAAGAGGUCGGCUACACAGACACCAUUUUGGAGGUGAAGUCAAAGCGGGUUCGUGCUUUGUUAGGACUUUCUGCUGAUUCUUCAGACAGACUUACAGAUACAAAUCAAGACUCAAUGGUAAAUGGCACAGAGACCGAGCUUCCCAAUCCUCUCAUCAUUGGGAAACCGGAUAUGACAGACUCUGCUUCUGUUCUUGAGACCUUUAAAUUCCUGGAAAAUGCUGCAGCUGAGUUUAGUGAUGAAGAGGAUGAUGAAGACAAUGACGGCAGAGACAAGACUGUGAUUGAUGCUGCAACGAUUGUAAGGAGAAGAGUUAUGCCUGAUCCCAAUGAAGACAGAGACACAGAAGAGGCUUUGAAGGAGUUUGACUUUUUAGGGUCAGAUGAUACUGAUGGAGGAGAAUCAAGAAGUGCGGGUGAUGGCACUGAGUGGGAAAAGGAAGACCAGUGUCCCAUACCGGAAUCCUGGAAUGUCGAUCAGGGAGUAAUAACCAAACUCAAGGAACAGUACAAAAAGGAGCGCAAGGGGAAAAAAGGGGUGAAGAGGCCAAACAGAUCAAAACUCCAAGAUAUGCUGGCAAACCUUCGAGAUGUGGAUGAAUUGCCAUCAUUACAGCCAUCCGUGGUCUCCCCUUCACGGCCAGCAAGCUCACGGCUCAGCGAGCAGGAAAUAAACAGAACAGAUGAAGUUGAAGCAUUAACAUUUCCACCAUCAUCUGGAAAAUCUUUUAUAAUGGGACCUGAUGAAGCAUUAGAAAAUGAACUGGGUUUAGGAGAAUUGGCAGGACUUACAGUAGCCAAUGAGGCAGACUCCAUGACAUAUGAUGUUGCAAACAAUAAAGAUGCCCUUAGAAAAACAUGGAAUCCCAAAUUCACUCUUAGAAGUCAUUUUGAUGGAAUUCGUGGCCUUGCAUUCCACCCAACAGAGCCUGUUUUGAUAACAGCAUCAGAAGAUCAUACAUUAAAAAUGUGGAAUCUACAAAAGACUGCCCCAGCAAAAAAGAGCGCAUCUCUUGAUGUAGAGCCAAUUUACACAUUUAGAGCACAUAGGGGCCCCGUUCUAUGUGUGGUAAUGAGCAAUAGUGGGGAGCAGUGUUACAGUGGAGGAACAGAUGGCAUUAUCCAGAGCUGGAAUACACCAAACCCAAAUGUGGAUCCUUACGAUUCUUAUGAUCCUUCUGUACUACGAGGGGCGUUUGAAGGCCACACGGAUGCUGUGUGGGGCUUGGUGUACAGUGCGGCCCAUCAGCGCUUGUUGUCUGCCUCAGCAGACGGUACCAUAAGAGUAUGGAACGCUCUGGAAGCCUCUCCUGCAUUAACAAUAUUUAACGAUAACCAAGAAUUAGGAGUUCCUUCAUCUUUGGACCUUGUAAGUAGUGAUCCAGCGCAUAUGGUCGCCUCAUUUAGCAGUGGUCACACAAGCAUCUUUAACAUGGAAACACACCAGAAAGUUCUAACGUUAGAGUCUUGCAUAGAUACAGGUGUUAAUUCUAGCUGCCAGAUAAAUAGAGUAAUCAGCCAUCCGACUCUUCCAAUCAGCAUCACUGCUCAUGAAGACCGUCACAUCAAAUUUUAUGAUAACAAUACAGGAAAACUGAUUCAUUCAAUGGUUGCUCAUUUAGAUGCUGUAACAAGUUUAGCUGUUGAUCCUAAUGGAUUGUACCUGAUGUCUGGAAGCCAUGACUGUUCUAUACGUUUAUGGAACUUGGAAAGCAAGACGUGCAUACAGGAAUUUACAGCUCAUCGAAAGAAAUCUGAUGAAUCAAUCCAUGACGUAGCAUUCCACCCAUCAAAAUGCUACAUAGCAAGUGCGGGCGCUGAUGCCCUUGCCAAAGUUUUUGUAUGA